AUGCAAACUCAGACAAAGCCUGUCUUAGUGAUGGUGGUGGUAAUAAUGGUGGUCAUGAGCUCUUUCACUGUGGAGGGAGGAGGGAGAGGGAUAUACAACAAAGAUCAGAGGCUUCACCACGUUCAAACGGACAAAUCCGUCAUUUCAUCAGCAAGAGCCGUAGACAAUCACCAUAACAUUCCAAGACAAAACUUUGACAAUUGGGGUGGUGGAAAUGGAGGAGAAGGUGGUGGAGACAACGGAACCGGUUAG